UUGUAUGCURCUUAAUUAACUCAAUUCUAAACAUGUUUUACAUUGUUUGCAAACUGAUAUGUGACAAGUAUUAAUGCUAAAUUAAAAUGCAAAACAGGCUCUGCCCCACCUUCACUGAAUGACCCGUCGCCACUGGUGUACCAGAGCACAUAGAGGUGUAUGGCUGUAGGCUAGUGGAGGUUUUUGAUUACUUGUGGAAACUUUUAGUGGAAGUUUCAAUUCAUUGUAGAUACCACAGACGACGUAUAUAAUGAUGUAGAUACCAAAGCGUUUUCCACGUAACAAAAGUUCUGAUGCUGCCUAGACCUGCGCGCACUUCAUGAUAGGCUAUGGAUGAGUGUUGUUGAGCAAGACGAUAUAUGAUAUUGACAGCAUCUUUAGGUCAUUAUAUACAUAUUCGAGUAGGCUGCGCCGGUCGGCGAGGUGACAAGCAAAGGACAUACUGAAGUUGCAUUUUGAAUUUUGGAUGCGUGGAUGCAGAUGCGCAUGGAUUUCAGCUGUUGCAUUGCCUAUUUCCAACUCCUUGGAAUAUCCGCCAACGAUUUAACAACAUUUUAAAGCUGAUAAAGAAGAUCAUGGGGGGAGAUCAACUCGAUGCCAACGCGAGCUGGAAUUACAUGCACAACGACUCAACCAAAAUGUGGAGCGACAACGCAUUCACGGCACCUGUCAUGGUCAUUCUUUUGACGAUGAUGGUAACUUUGGUGGUUGUGAUAGUUUUGGGAAACGCUUUGGUAAUUUUCGCCUUUAAAGUAGACAAGAGUCUGAGGAGGCAAAGCAACUAUUACUUCCUGAAUCUCGCCAUAUCGGAUUUUCUUGUUGGGGCAUUCUGCAUUCCAGUGUACAUCCCAUACAUCCUGACAGGGAGAUGGAUGUUGGGCAGAGGACUGUGCAAACUGUGGCUGGUCAUGGACUACUUGCUCUGUACUGCCUCUGUCUUCAACAUUGUCCUGAUCAGCUAUGACCGCUUCCUCUCUGUCACCAGAGCGGUGAGCUACCGUGCCAGACAGGGCAUGACCCACCAAGCCAUCAUGAAGAUGAUAGCAGUCUGGGUCCUGGCCUUUGUCCUCUAUGGCCCUGCCAUCAUCUUCUGGGAGCUGGUGGUGGGGAAGAGCCGUGUCCCGGAGGAUGAGUGCUACGCUGAGUUCUACUACACCUGGUACUUCCUCCUCAGUGCCUCCAUGUUGGAGUUCGUCUCCCCCUUAAUCUCCGUAACCUUCUUCAACCUCAGCAUCUACCUCAACAUACGUCGGAGGAGGCUCCGGAACAGGGAUGAGACGAGUGGACAGGCCCACGUGCCCGAUGGACAGCCCCCUCCCCUGGGGAGAGGGGAAUGCCUCCGCCUCACUUCCCUCUUCUCCCGGAACUCGGUAGUGGUUAAGAAGCUGUCUAGCACUGUGACGGUCCAGGAGAGGGGAUCAGGCUCGGGGUCCUUCCACUCCCAGAUCUUGCAUCCCCCGUUGGAGCGGCAGGACACCUCCACUAGGGGCACCCAGCGCAGCUGCCUGUCAAGGGACAAGAAGAUUGCCAAGUCGCUGGCUGUCAUCGUGUGUGUGUUUGCUGUGUGCUGGGCGCCCUACACCCUCCUGAUGAUCAUCAGAGCCGCCUGUAAGGGACGCUGCGUCCAGCACCACUGGUAUGAGGUCACCUUCUGGCUGCUGUGGCUCAACUCGGCCAUUAACCCUUUCCUCUACCCGCUCUGUCACAGCAGCUUCCGCAGGGCCUUCGGCAGGAUCCUGUGUCCCAGACGGAGAACAACUCAGCUGGCCACCAACUGACCUGCAGUAUGGCCAAUCACUUAAGGCCCUCUACUGUAUCAUGUGAUGGAUAGGCCAGUAGCCAGAGAGGUGGUGAUACACACACGAAACACUUUACUGUACAUAGACCCAAAGGAGAUAAUCAAGACUAAAACUGAUACUUUAGCAAUGAACAUUUUUAAUGGAACAAAACAGAUUGUCUUACAUGUGAUAGGCCAGUGGCCAGAGAAGUGAG